AAGCAAGAUGGUUGCCGAAAAGUUCUCCUUGUGUUGUGUGGGAUCUCACAAUGUUCUCCUGUUUAUAUCAAGCUUAUGAACCAAAGUAAUUCUUUACAACUAGAAAUGAACUCAUGUAAGCCUGUCAAAAGUGCUUUUCAGCGCACAAAAUCGACGACCACUGUGAAUUUGUGCUCAUUUAAUCCAGCCACGUCACCAAGACAUCUCUCACUGCUGUGAGUUGCCAAUUUUGAUCUCGCGAUCUUUACAGCUAAUCGUGCUCAUGGCGAAUAAACUCUUCGGUUUUCAACAGUUGAGAAGAGUGUUAAAGACUCUUGGAUACAUCUUGUUCAUGUACAUUUUCUCCAUCAGUUUGACAUUUUACAACAGAUGGCUGUUAAAGGUUUGUGGUCACGUUAAGCUUAUUUAAGAUUAAGGCUUAAUAAUAUUAUUAUGGAAACUUACAGUACCUAGAAGCAAAGUUGAUAUAUCGUGGCUCAAACUUUCCCUUACUUCAAAUUUUACUUUUCAUUGUUUCCAACUCGAUAUCACUAUGACAUAUAACUGUGUACCCAAAAUCAAAGGAAAAUUUAUUAAAUAGGAAAAAAGGAUUAAAAUUAUACAGUGGAACCUCUAUUCAGAGGACACCCUCGGGACCAAGGCAAGUGUCCCCUGAAUGGAGGUUGGGUUGGGGUUUGUUAAUAAUUAACCAACAAAUCAAACAUUUUUCUUUUAUUCUACCUCAGAAUCUGCUGUAGUCAUUAUUUGAAGCAGCUCGAUAAAUGUAUUACAGUGCGACUACAUGUAUUAUAGAAAAGGUGGCACCAAGACAAGGUUGAGCAUUCAGACUACAGGAAAAUAACAAUACAUUCUGAGAAAGUUUUUUUUCAGAUGUAAUUACCAUGAAACGAAAUAAACAACAUGGAUUGAAAUCAACCUAAAUUACAUUACCUGCAGAUGCCACCCACCUGAACCUGCUGAAGUAAGCCCAUGUUUCCUGAGAGGACCAUUAGAGUGAAUGACAGAGAUAACAACAGGAAAACAUCAGUUACAUUUUUGACUUGAGGUCAUGAUGUUAUUGCAAAGCACAGCAGUGGUAGCAAAGAAAUAGGCCAUUUGCACAAUUGCAUCAUUUUACUACUGCAACCAGAAUCCUUUUCGUUUUUCCUUUCAUAUUUGAAUUUUGUAAUCACAGUGAGGUUUGAAUAACAAAAGUCCUGAUUAGCACAAGAAAGCAAAACCCUGAAGGAUAACCUGUGAUAAUCAUUAUUUUAAGAAGAAAUGAAAAAGAUCAACAUAAAGUCAUAUUUUACUCCAUUAUUAAGAUCACUGUCCUGUACAUGUAUUUUUUAAAGUCUGCAGCAACAAUCCUCUGCUGUAUUUUUCUAAAUGCAGUUAUUUCUGUUUGAUCCCUGCUGUAGAGAUUUCAUUUUCCCUUGAGUGUCACAGUGGUGCAUUAUGCUCUGGUCUUUAUUAUUGCUGCCUUAUUGAGAUUGUUAUGGGAGGUAAAAACUGGGAAACAAAGAGUAGUUCUUCCCUGGUCUGUUUACAUGAAAAGAGUUCUUCCCACAGGUGAGAUACUUAAAAUUAUUAACCUUUAAGCCCCAAUUUCUACAUACAUUUAUUAAGUCUAAACUGAUCUCCACACAUUUCCCUAAAGAAAUUAGUUGUGAGAAUUAAUUUGUUAAUUGAUCAAAGCAUUUUUCUGGUGGUUGAUCAUUUAUUCAAUCUCAUGACCUGUUUCUUGAUUAUGUAUUGAUAUUGUUGGGAGUAAUUGAUGUUGAUCAUUCCUAGGACUUUAUGGUUAAGUUUAUUAAAUUAUUAAAUGAUUGUGAAAAUUGAGGGGUGGUACUAGUGAAAGGCUCAACCAAGCCUGAUGGGGCUGGGUACAGGAGAUUAUCUCAAUCAAGUCUGAUAGAGGUAACUAAAGCCAGGCUCGCAGUCAAUUCUGAUGGGGGUGGGAAUAAAAGAACAUCAACUUUUUCAAGUCUUAUAGGGGUGACUGAAGCCAGGCUCACAAGCAAUUCUGAUGGGGGUGGGAACAGAAGAACAUAAACGUAGUCAAGUUUUAUAGCGAUAACUGAAGCCAGGCUCAGAGUUAAUUCUGAUAGAGGUGACGCUUUCUGUGAUUGUGAAAUUUUACAGUGCUGAUUAAUGUAAAUCGAAUGUGACUUAUCUUUCAGCAAUGGCCUGUGCAUUGGAUAUUGGUUGCUCAAACUGGAGUCUGAUGUUUAUAACAGUAUCAUUGUAAGUAUCAGAUUUGUACUAUGGUCAACUCUUGCCUUGUAAUUGUGGAUGAAUGUCAACCUUGACCCCUCCGUAGGUUUUUCUGUGUUAAAGUAUAUGUUUUCCAAUUGAUGGUGGGUCAAAAGUUGAAUGUUGUACUAAUUCUAAUUGGCUUUUGAAGAACUUGGGCUUGGCAUCCAGGGUUUACAAAAGAAGGCAUUAAUACUUUAAACUGCCAAGCUCCUCCUGGAUGUAUCAGGGCUCCAAAAAAAUUCUGGUCCAGUAAUCCAGGAUGGGUAGAUUUUCUUGCUGGGCUAGUACAUUGCAACUUUUAAAGCAGUAGUUACUUGCCCAAUGGGCAAGAGUCCAUUCACAAACAAAAUCAUUGACUAAGGCAAGCAAGAUUUGGCCCUGGGCAACAGAAAGUAAGAGUUGCUUGCCUAAAAGACAAGCUACAUGUAGAAUGCACUUAUUUUUUUUUUAGCCAUGUAUGUGUUACAGGUCAAAAUGAAAUUCAGGUUAGAAUCUUUUGAUGUAUACGUACGUGUAGGUUGAUUCUCAAUUGCUGUACAGUGUAAGAGAGAAAGGAAAUAGAAAAUCAACCUUGGUUAAAAAUGUUACCUGAAUUUAAUUUUCACCUCUAACAUAAUUAUGUUCACCUCCUGCUUGUAUUGAAAUUUAUUGCAUUUGUUAUGACAUUUUGAAGCUUUAUUAACCCUUUUAAGUCCCAAAAUCCACAUACAAAUUCUCCAAACUGAUCUCCAUACAUUUCCUUCAAUAAGUAGUUGAAAGAAUUUUAUAAAAGAUCAAUGCAUUUUCUCUUUCAAUUGGUGAUCAUUUUAUUAAUUCUCCUAACCUUUUUUCUUGACAGUGUAUGGAUAUUGUUAGGAGAAAAUUGAUGUUGGUCACUCUUGGGACUUAAAGGGUUAACAACCAUGAGUACAAGUAGAAUGUAUUUUUGAUCAGCCCUGCAAUAGGUUGUCUUGAAGCGCUUUAUUCUAUUCCUGUUAUAUAUAACCCUCCUAGCCUGGGAUAUAAGCCACUUCAUUUAUAAGCUCUCCUAAAACCCCUUUCAAAACUGUAUAUGACCAGGGCUUAAAAGUGGCAGUUAUAAAACAUAAUGAUUUCUACUAAUGUUUUGUACUCAAUUAUUUGUUUGAGUAUUAUUACACAAGGAAUUAUUUAUUUUGUAGUAAAUGAUUAUAAAAUUUCACUGUAAAAUUAUUUUGCAUCACUGUGCUCUUUAAGGAGUCACAGGGUUCUCAGAGUGACUCCAUCAGUGCUAAACUCUGUUUAACUUGUAACAUAUUUUGAUAUGGUAUUUUUUUUAAUGAAUAAUUAAAUGGAUAAUAAAUUAACAAUUCUAUUGUAUUUAUAGAACAUUCAUACUGUAAUUUUUUUACUUGAUAAUGAUGUCUGAGAUUUCAUAAUAUUUUUUUAACUCUUUUAAAAUUUCUUAAAAUGUUUUUAAAAAGUUUUUAUGUAAUUCGUUAAUAUUGUUUUGAUAAUGAAUACUGUAAGUCAUUUUUUAAUUUACUUGAAGGAACAGCCUGUAUACAGUACACAUUAGCACCUUCUGCACCUUAUACAGUGUACUUUAGAGUCCUAGAUACUGUAACUUCAAUCUAGUUCGUAGCUUCUUUAAGUAAUCAUAUUGUUGUUCACUUCCAUAUCAGUUUUUAUAAAGGUUUUCAGAUUUAUAAGUGAACAUUUUGCAUGUUUACUUUUUGACUGCUUGCACUGUACUAGUUAUCUGAAUAAUAUUAUCAUUGUUCAGAUGUACCCCUUCAAACAAUAUUAUUAUGCUUAGGCAUUGUUGAUUUUAUGUUAAUUUCAUGUUGUUGUCAGUAACAGUAUUAUUAUUACUACAUGUAUUACUAUUAUUAUUAUUAUUAUUAUUGUUAUUAUUAUUAUUAUUAUUAUUAUUAUUAUUAUUAUUAUAACCUGUAACUCAUAUUGUGUUGUAGGUAUACAAUGACAAAAUCCACUAGUGUUAUUUUCAUUCUGAUGUUUGCACUUUUGUUUGGUUUGGAGCAAUGGGUAGGUUCAAAUAGAAGUCACUGUAUUAUAAUUGAGUAAAAAACUAACAGCACUGUUCAAAGUCAAGCUAUGACAGGAUCUUCAUUAGACUGCAAAACAGUCCGUAUUUUUGCGUAUUCAAGUACGCGCGAGCAGUCAAACAAAAGGUCUGGAACGAGGCUGAAAACAGAGAUGAGGCUCGCGUGCUUUGCGCGCAUAAGACUCUUAUGGCACGCUUUGCUGAUUCCUGUACUGAUUUUGAGAAAAAAACCGACUGUUUUGCAGUCUAGAUCUUCAUCAGUUCUUUCAGGAGAGGAUUAUAUAAUAACUAGCACCUAACAUUAUUAUUUUUUCUCUAAGAAUCCCACUUUUUACAUGAAAAACAAACACCCACCAUGCCCCCCCCCCCUGCAAUAAAACAAAUCAAACCAUCCCUCAAAUUAGAUGAGUGUGGCACAGGACCUUAUAGGAAGUCUUUUACAGUGUAUAUAUUAUGAGUUAAAGAAAGCACCAUAAGUUGCUUCUAAGACUGUAAUGACCUCAGAAACCAUACUAUGAAUAAAAAUUAUUUUGGUCUCUGGGAAAAGUGGGCUAAGUACCAAAAUAAAGCACAGAAAAGUUGAUUCAUGCUGUAUUCAGUGGACCCCUGGAGAAGGCAAGAGAGCUGGCGUGGCUUUGUGCAACAAUGGAACCUCAGUUAAGCAACGUCUUUGAAACAAAGUCCCCAGAAUAAAAAAACAACUUAAUUCAUGUUAUGUCACUAAUAGAAAAAAAACAGAAAGGAACCUUGAUAAUUUUUGAAGCCUUGUUAUUUUUGGUUUACAACCUUGUGACAAGCCAGCCAUGUUGGUGGUCAAUACAAUAUAACUUUUUCUCAAAGAAUUUUUCUUCUUUCUGAAAAGUUAGAUUCUUUGGGAUAGUUUAUUGUUUUGAGAUGUUUCUGUGGCAGCAGGAUGCAUUACAAUGCAUUUGAGAGAAAACUAAUCCAGUUUAAUGAAGUUUGAAUUUCACUGUAAAUUCCUGUCAAUUGUAUCUAAAAGCUUUUGUUUCCUCAAUGGUUUGAGUUACUGGGAUUCAAAUUAUGUCAGUUUUUUAUUAACAUUAUUAUUAUUAUUAUUAUUGAAUAUUCACAUUGUUUUAUGUUGCCAUCAUACUUAUCUUAGCAAGUCCACGAGUGAAUAAACCAUAUUUUUUUUGUCUUGUUUCCUUUGACAGAACUUUUCUCUAGUGGCCAUCAUUCUGUUGAUAGCAAGUGGCUUGUUCCUCUUUACUUUUGAGUCCACAGAGUUUAAUGUAGAGGGAUUCAUUUUAGUAAGUUAACAUUUUCCAGUCUAUACAUAGUUAGUAGAGGCGACUGGUUAGGAAAGCCAGCAAAAAUCAAAGUUGAAAACAAUAGUGAUGUAGGUUAUGUUGGAAGCUCUGUGACUGUGCACAAUCCUUUGUUUUUUGUCAACAAAUUGUGACUGAAUAAAUUAAUGCAGUGUUUCUAUUGGUCAGUGAGUUCAAAAUGAUACGAAUGCUAUUGAACAUUGUCCAUGGUCAGGUUCAAAAAAGCUAACAAAAACACAUAACAAAGGGUUUCCCAACCAUUUCACUUUAAUUAACUAUGGUCUAUAUUAGAGAAAGUUUCUCCACUUUUGUCAUGAGUUAUUUCUGAAAUGUCUCACAUAGACAUGUAAAAUGUGCUAUGGAAACGAGGUACUUUACAGCUGAGGUUGUCAGUCCCUAGAGUGUCCAAAAUAGUUUUUUUUAUAUAUCAUUGUCAACACAGUGCUUAUCCAACUGAGCUAACCAGGGGGGGGGGGGGGGGGGGGUUGGUUAAUUAAUUAAUCCUGCUCAUAAUACAGUUUCUUUUUUGGGCUAGUUAAGAGUAUAUCCUAGCUACAUGUUGCCUAGAUGGCAAGUUGUAAAGCUGACAACUUUCUUUGCAACUUUCCGUGCUUUCUUUGAAGUGGUCACCAAAGGGGAAAUCUGUUGAUCUUUGAUCAAAUUUUCUGAUCUAAUUGUUUAAGGAAUGUGAGGAGAUUAGUCUGUAGAAUUUUUUAUCUGGAUACUGGGGCUUUAAGGGCGUAGUCUAAUAAAGUUUAAAUCAGUGUAUUUUUUGUUUAAUUUUAAUUUUUCUCAAGGCUCUCACUGCAUCAGGACUGAGUGGUCUGAGGUGGACAUUAGCACAAAUUUUGACUCAAAAACAAGAAUUAGGUAGGAGUUAAUUAAAUGUCAUGGCGAAAAAACAUAAUUUUUUUCUUACACUUUUUACUGUAGCUUAUUUUGGCCUCCAAUAAUGUUUUUUAGGUCUCCAUAAUCCCCUUGACACACUGUACCAUUUGCAACCAUUCAUGACAUUAACAUUGAUCCCCUUGGCAUUUUACAUUGAAGGUAGGUUUUCUAUUUUUUAACACAACUUACCUGCAGCCAUUUUACUUUUAAAGUUUGCAGUCAAUGGUACAGUAAUUUAAUUAUGUUAAUUUAUGAGGUGUUAAGUAUUUUUACUGUUGUAAAUCAAUUAUUUAAACUAUAAAAAUAUUAAAAGUUAAAUCUGCAUUUUGAUUGUUCAGUAUACAUUAUUUACUUACAUUAUUUACUUACAAGAGCUGCAAUGUACAUGUAGUCUGUGCUUAAAGCAGUAUAUGUCAUUUUUUCACCACUUUAAAUUUUCUCUGGCUAAUAGUAUUAAAAGACAAAAGCUUUUGACGCCUAAACUGCAGUUGUAUAUUAUAUUAUUUAGUACAGUGUGGUAAAGUGAUGGUGGUAGACACCAGUGUAAAAUAUAUUUGCUUGUUGAAUUGAAUGCUCAAUCACAUCAGAACUGCUACUCAAAGUGACUACCUUGUUGUUUUAGGACAACAUUUAGCUGUAUCACCAAAGCUCUUCAAUGCUCCUGAUGGCCACACCCUUUGGAUGACUAUCUCAAUGGUGAUGUUUGGCUGUUUUCUGGCCUUCAUGAUCAGUGUCUCCGAAUUUCUGCUGCUUUCUCAUACAUCAAGCUUAACACUCUCCAUAUCAGGGAUAUUUAAGGUAAGCUCCAAUAGCCAUGACUAUAAUUCUUACAAGACAGUGUUUAAGUAUGUUUUAUGCCCCUUCUCUAGAAAGGCUAAUCCCCUCACUAGGAGCUGUUUGGACCCCUAUAUGUCACACCUCUUUUAUUUUUCAUUCUGAACUUUGUUUGAUUUUUAUUGUUUUCCCAACUGGUCCCCUGUGGGCCCAGGGGGGGGGGGGUACUCCCUGUAAUGGCCUAUAUGGGGAGGAGUCAGGGAACGUUCUAUUUUUGUGUCUCUGCACGCAGUUUUUUGGCCCCUCUAUUUUCUUCUUUUUUUUUUUUUUUUUCUGUACUUUUUUUGAUUUUUUUUGUUUUCCCCCGUGUGCCCCGUGGGGGGCGGGGGGGGGGGGGGGUACUCCCUGUAAUGGCCUAUAUGGGGAGGAGUCAGGGAACGUUCUAUUUUUGUGAUUGAUCGAUGAUUUACAGCAGUUGAAAGGGAUGCAAAGUUCUAAACAAGAUUUGUGAAGGAGGUACCAUUUGUCAAUAGAAGGUAUGCAAAAGAGGCACCUUUUUUGUGAAAAAUGAUAUAUAAAAGGGUAAGGGGUUGGACCUCUGGUUGGAGACUCCCCGUAUAAACAUUUGUUGCAUACCCCCCACCUCCCCAGGCAGCUGGGUGUUGCCUCACUUUUAGAGUAUGUUUUAUAGUAAGUAAAUGAAAGUUUUUCUCUACUAAUGAAACCCAGUCUUUAUUGAGUAGGAUACCCUUAAGGUCAAAACACAUUAGGCAACAUGUGGCUACCACACAUUGGGCUGACACGCCACAGCAACACAUCAGUAGUAGUAAAUCGCUUUGUGUUUACUGGAGAAGGUUGGGGAAAUCUUUGUCGCCUUGACCCAGUUUUGACUCUGCAACAAGUGGCACAAAAUCAAAUUAGUCUAAAUUUGUGCAGUUUGCCACGGUGGGUAAAUUCUGUCACGGAGACAAAUAUUUUCACAGAAAUUCUACAGUACACAUGACACGAUUUGUCGCUGCGACCUGUCACUGUACACAAGGAUGGGUUUAUUGCCAGGGUAACCUGUUGCCAACUGUGUUCCGACUUUUCUAUGAGAGGGAGAGUGGUAUUGAAACAGAACUUGUUAUUCGGGGUAGGCACUUGCUCCAUCCUUAGAGACAGAGAGUGAUGAGAGGCACCUGUGAGACACAUGUAUUCCCAGGCCACUCGCUAAAGGCUCUCCUGCUAGGGCUUACGUAUUUUCUACCUCUUACCUGGAUUACUUUAUUCUUCAGGAAGUGUGCACAUUAUCUCUUGCCACUGAAUUUGCUGGAGAUAAGAUGACAACUGUCAAUUUUUUUGGUCUCGUGCUUUGCCUGAUGGGAAUAAGUGUGCAUGUAGUUACAAAGGCAACAAGAGGUGGGUGGCGAAAUUAUAGCGUUACUAAUCUCAUGUCAGGAAAUCUAUCUUCUUCGCGCUACAAAUGUCAAUUUCUAAUUAAUAUUUAAUCACAAAAUAAUUAAUUUAAGCAGCACAUAAUUCUUUCCCAACAACUUGGUAACACUGAGUGAUCUGCCAAAACUUUUUGUUGGCGUCCUGGGCUGCUGGUGGACUCUCUUCCCUCGCAUGUCUCCCUCGUGCACCCCUUCUUUUUUUUUUGGCCAUACUACAAUACUUUCAAGCCGUGCUACGCAGGCUAUCCCCCUAUGGAAUUGAAAUUGCGCCCUCAACAGUGAUUUUUCUCGUCUCAGACUCAGAUAGUUCAAAAUUGAAUGGACAGCAGAUGGUAGAGCUGAAACAUGGUAGCACUGAAUUAAAGGAGCUGUUGUCAGGAAAUGAUGCUGCAGAAAAUGACGAUGUGGAUGAAGAAUUUGAAAUUAAUGUUUAUGGACAAAGAUAACACUAUAGUAGCCAGCCCGUUUUGUGGGCUGACAGUGAAUUUGAAGUAUGUAUCUGUGCUCUUCUUAAAACCCUUUUAUUUUCAUUGAAUAUGGGAGAAAAUAAUCGUGUUCACGAUAAUACUGCUUUUGCAGUUGUUAUGAUGUUGCUGCCAUGCAGGAUACCCAGGUUGUUAAACCUUAGACACAGGCAACCCACCUCAGGUUGCUCGAUUUUGUGUCUUUUCAGUUCCAACUCAAACGCCGAUUUUUGCCUCAAUAACAGCAAACAAACAGUUUUAAUUCUUACAGACUUUGACUACAGGGAUUAUUUACAAAAGCACAUGGUCUUCACAUACUCCAAGAGAACAUAGCCCGUAUUGUUUUAUAUUUGAGGACAAUUGCAAAGUAAUAGACUUUUUUAACUUGUAAGUUUUGUUUUCUUAAUCCAGGCCAUGUGGUAUUCAACAGGGAUCUUGCCUUUUGUCCUUUCAUAAAUUAUGCGCACA